AUGGAAGAGAAUCCACAGCAGUUAUACACUAGCGGACUCAUUUUUGCACCCUCUGACAGUCUUGUACGCCAGAAAUUUGCAAAUGAGGCUCUGCAGAGCGUUCAGAACCUACCCAAAACGCAUCCUCACUGGCCAUACUGCGUCCUACGGAGUCUAGAAGCUCAUGGUGGUGACGUCCACAUAUUGGCCUUAUCGGAGAGAGGCAGGAUCUUGGCAUCAGCAUCCAGUGAUUUGACGAUACGAUUAUGGGAUGUGAUUACCGGCAAAACGCUCAAAGUUAUCCAAGGAUUUCAAGAUCUAAUAACAGCUAUUGACUUCUCUAAAUCAGGCAAACAGCAGUUCCUAGCCACACUCUCCGACCGCGAGGUUCGAAUUUGGGAUGUUGAAACAGGACACUGUGUUACCACCCUUCCAAACCAACAUGGCUACAAGGCAAUGGCUUGGAUGCGAAAUGAGCUUAUACUCCGAGUGAUGUCCUAUGACUGUGCGGUUGAGUAUUGGAACCCAGAGCUAGGGAGCCAACAGGGAGCCAUGAAAUCAGAUGAACAAGUUCACCAUGGCACAUUCUUGAUCUUCUCAGGGGAUACGACGGCAUUUGCGACAUGGUCAGACAUCGACCCAGUCCAUAUCUGGUUUGUGACAGAUAAUGCAUGUAACGAGAGUGUUGUUCUGGAUGAUAUUGGGGAGUUCCAAUUAUUAUCCCUUUCAUAUGACGGAACCCUCCUGGCAGCAGCAGAGAGAGAUAUUCGAUUAUAUGACACCCAUUCGGGCAAGAAAGUCUUCGCCCUCGAAGGCCAUUUGAUGAAUAUUCGAUCGCUUGCUUUUGCGCCGAAUUCAGGAUUGCUUGCUUCAGGGUCCAAUGAUAGAACUAUCAAACUCUGGAGUCUUACCACAAAGCAGUGUUUACAGCAGUUGAAAGCACAUCAACUCCCCGUAACUUCUCUCACAUUUUCAAAUGCAAGCGAUUUACUUGCAUCAGGCUCGCAAGAUACAACCGUCCACCUUUGGGAUAUUGGCACUAUUCCAGAGCCCAAGAGACAAAAGAGUUCACUGGAAAAGCUCAACAGAGUCACCUCCGUUGCAGUGGCGGAAAAUGCAGAGAUAAUUGUAGUCGGAUUCUCGAGUUCAUGCAUCCAUUUGUAUAGCAUGGGGAACGAAAGAUGCCCCCUGAUUUUGCAAGGUCACCAAGAUCAAAUCAGUGAUCUGCAUUUCUUGGAAAGUGGAAAAACGCUAGCAUCCGCAUCCUUUGACGGCACAAUUCAACUCUGGGACACUUUGUCUGGUCAACACUUGAAGACAUUCGUUCAAUAUUCUGCCGGAAUCCAGAGCCUUGUGUUGACAGAUGAUCAGGAAAUGCUGGCAUCCAUUUUACAUGACUUUACCAUCAUCACUUGGACCGUUCAGACCGGGACAUUUGCAAUACUUUUCGGCCACACAAACUAUGUUGAAAAGGCUGUCUUCUCACAGCCUGAACGAAUACUCGCCUCAUCUUCCCGAGACCGGAGCAUUCGAAUUUGGGAUAUCACGCGCGGAACUUGUCUCAAAUCGUUGAAUGGACAUCAAGAUUGGGUGAAUGGUCUGGCCUUUACGCAGGAUGGAAACACUCUCGUAUCUGCGUCGCUCGACAAGACGGUCCGGCUCUGGGAUAUUUCCAGUGGGAACUGUCUUAGCAUUAUUCCUCAUGAUUCCGGAGUCGAAGGUGUGGCUAUCUCCUGUGACCAGCGCAUUCUUGCUUCCACUUGUCUGAUGCGUACGAUCCAAAUCUGGGAUGUCCCACAAAAAAGAUGUAUGCAAACGAUUUUCGGCUACUCAUCCCGCCAUCUUGGCUUGACGUCAACUGGCCAGUAUCUCAUCACAGAUCAUGGGACUCUGACGCUUGAUAUGGGGCCUCAAGGCUCAAAGUCAUCCGAGCAGCCUCGAUCGGUUAUCUAUGUCGAUCGUGAAUGGAUAUACAACAGGAUGAAAAAGGUGCUUUGGGUUCCACCAAGCUAUCGCAACCCCAAAUUUCUGGUGGUACGCGAUAACACGGUGACAUUCGUGGAUGAUUCUGGUGAGGUCUUAGCUCUUAGGUUUCACUAG